CCCCCAUAUCCCUCAUCCCUCAUCUCGCUCACUCCGUCCUCCCCACGCUCCUCUCGUCUCUAUCAUCCCCUCGUCCGCUCACUGCAACUGCACUCACUAUCUCCUCCUCUCCUCCCUCUUUCCAUUUCUCCUCAUCGCUUCGCUUGUCAGUCUGGACACCUCCCUCCUCCAGCCUGUCGUCGCGGUGCCGCUGCCUCCUCGUCAUCACCAUCUGCAACGCUCCCCCUUCAGUCCCAAUCGUCGCCCUUGCACGCAAAACCCCAAGACUGAUCGGCUUUGAGCCUUUCUCGUGCCCUUCUACUCCUCCUUCCUCAUCACUCGUCUUCACAUAUCUCCCUCGACCCCAACAUCGCCCCCUCCUUACAAUCCACCAUGGCUUACCUUAUGGACGAUAAUGCCAUGCGCAUCUGCGUGAGGCCACGGCCUUGGCAUCCCACUAAAGAGGUGCCCUACCUCGCCCAAGAUUGCGAUCAGCCAUUCUUCAUAGGCAACGGCAACUUUGGACAGGCCAAGAAGCCAGCAGGGGGUGGCGCUAUCCGUGAAAUCGUCGAGGUUAUUGACAACCGAUCACUCGACUUUGAUCGCAAGCCAGAUCGGACGGCGGCGCGGUACGGCGGGUUCAGCGGGAAGCGGCACAAGGACCGCCGAUAUGUGUUCGACCAUGUGUUCAAGAUGGCCGCCAGCCAGGAGGAGGUGUACGCGAGCACGGCUAAGCCGCUUUUGGACGGGGUACUGUCCGGAUUCAACGCGACUGUCUUCGCAUACGGGGCUACCGGGUGCGGCAAAACACACACCAUCAGCGGCACUCAGGAAGACCCCGGCAUCAUUGUCCGUACGAUGAGAGACCUCUAUGAGCGCAUCUCAGAGUCUGAGGACCGCUACGAUACCCAUGUAGAGCUGUCCAUGAUCGAGCUAUACAACGAGAACAUCCGCGACCUUCUCUCCGACAACUUCCCACAGAUGCCCACCGGAGGUCUGAAACUCCUCGAAAACGAGAAGGAUCGGGUCACCAUCGCCGAUGUCACGAUUCGGUCACCGAAAACGGCUGACGAAGUCAUGGAGCUGGUGAUGAUCGGCAAUGAACGGCGUAGCACUUCCUUCACCGCAGCCAACUCGGUAUCUUCGCGAUCACAUGCCGUCCUCCAGAUUAGCAUCGCCCGCAAGAGUCGCAACCCAGACGUCAACGUGGAGCGCGAGGAGGUUCUUCUCGACACUUCAUUCGCCACGCUAUCAAUUGUCGACUUGGCGGGAAGUGAGCGUGCGUCUGCCACUCGCAACCUCGGGGACCGUAUGAAGGAAGGAGCGAAGAUUAACCAGUCCCUCCUCGCUCUUAGCAGCUGCAUCUCCGCUUUGUGCGAUGCCCAGCGUAAGGGCGCGCGCCCACAUGUACCUUACCGCAACUCCAAACUCACUCGUCUCCUCAAGUUCUCCCUCGGUGGCAAUUGUCGAACAGUCAUGAUCGUGUGUGUAUCGCCGAGCUCAAAGGACAUCGAGGACACCGCCAAUACCCUCACCUGGGCGGAUCGCGCAAAACACGUCAAGACGACGGUCACACGCAACAUCAACGGCACGCAUGUCAGCGCGCGACAGUAUGUCGAGAAGAUCCAGCAGCUCAAUGAGCGGGUCAAGAUUCUCGAGGCUCAGCUGGACGCCAAGGAUCAGGAGACGAGCAAGCUCAUACAACUCAAGAUUGAGGAUGCCAAGAAGAGAAUUGCUGAGCAUGUGCAGUUCAUCAACGCAGCGGUCGAUGCGCAGUGUGAGGUAGUUCGCGAGGGCGCCGAGCAUUGGGCCAAGUGGGACGUUGCAAACCUUGGAAUCGAGAAGAUCGAGAACCGCCGUAACGAUCUCGAGGCCGACGAAGACACACAGGAUUUGGCAAGAGAGACAGCCAUGUGCAACUCGAUCAUCGAUCAGUACAAGCACGAGUUUACUGAGUCGCGCCACCUGCAAUCCAAGGUCAACCUCGGUAACGAAGCUGCCAUCGCUCUCAGCAGACAGAUCGAGGAUCUGGAAUCGAAGGUCUUCCCCGACGUUGAUCCGGUAUACGCGCAGAAUCUUCGCCUCGAGAUGGCUGCCGCCCGCGCCAAGAUUAAGCAGGCAAACGCCAAGGGUUGCGAGAUCGGGUACCGUGAGCGCCUUGCAAAACAUGAGGACGCUCUUGCGCGGUCUGCCAUUGCCUCGGUUCGUGUCGAGGCGCUAUACACCAAGCACGCCGCUCGCAUCGAGGCGCUGUGCGCACGAGGGCCUAUUGAUCCUUCCGUCCUUCGUCAAGAGAUGAGGCUGCUCUCCAGCCUGCAGGCCCCUCUCUUCCGCGAAAUGGGCAACAUACACCAACUCAUCCAGAUGUCUGACGCACCAGCACCGGCCCCUGUGCCCACUCCAAUCAAGGGCGCACAGCUUCGCCACAACAUCUCCCCUGGUUCGCCCCAUGUUAAACGUUUGUCGCAGCGCUACUCCAUGGAGAAGAAGCAUGUCGUCCACAAGCCCGGAUCCCCUCGUCGAUCCCUCCCUGGACGCGGUGCGAUGCGCAGAUCGAGCGCUGUGCCACCUGUUCCACGAUCCGCGCGCUUUGCGGACGACGAAGGAGGAGAGCUUGCGGAAAUUCGUCACUAUAAGGCUCGCUCGUCGCAGUCGCCUGUCGCUGAGGCAUCCACGGACGAUGGCGCCGACUGGGAGGAAAUUUCCAGCAGUGCAAAGCCUUUGCACGCGCCCGCUCCUCCCAAGUCCAAGCCAGGCGUCUCAUUCAAACCCCACCCGCGUCUGAAUGCGGCGUUGCGCGCCCCAUCGUCGAACGGGUCUCCUACUGGACUCCCACGGUCCAAGCCUCCACCUUUGGCAUUGACAACCGCAUCUUCCCCACUCGCCACAGCCUCAGCAGCUGCAUCCGAGAUUCCGGCGUGGAAGGCGAAUCGACUUGCCUUGGGUAAGCACGAGAAGGAGAAAGACAAGGAGCAGGUCAGUCCUGUCAAAGACACCAGUGUGACAUCUACUGUUGCCGAAAGCUCGUUCUCAAAGAUCACGAUACCAAUCGGCCUUGGCCGGCCGUCCCGGCCACCUUCGCGCACCACCUCGGUGCUUGGGGAACUGAGACAACUUCCUCCCUCACGACCCCCGUCCUCACUGGGAAGCUCUACCCUUCACCUCCCGACCGCUUCCAGCGCAGCACGCGCCAAUGGCGACAAGUCACCCAUCUCGUUCAACCACUCGCCCACCGUUCCAAACCCCCUCCGUGCUUCAGUCGCGCGGCGCCUGUCAGACCGGCACCAACGGAGAAAGCUGCAUCAGGGUGCCGUCCCUUACCGACGCAAGCCGAGCCUCAUUCCCUCCCCCAAGGGGUCGCCAAAUGGAUCGUCUCCGAGAGGUUCAACUGGCGGAUUUGGGCUUGGGAAGAGCAUCGGUCCAGGGGCGGGCAGCGCUGCCAGCAGUAGCGGCGGUGCCAGUUCAAGCACAGGGCCCAGCCGCUCCCCAAUGGCUUUUACCAUGAGUGUCGCCGGAACGAGCGGCGCAGGAUUGCGCACUCGUCCCAGCCUCUUCUCGCUGAACGCUGGCGCCGUCACCAACGGCCACGACAACGGGGCCAACUCCUCCAGCGCGAAGCCGGCUUGGCGAUGAAAGAACUUCUGUAAAAUGUGUGCUUGUAUUAUAGCUUAUGGGUGUCCACGAUGCGAACGUCCUGUGUGCGAGGGGGUCGGCCUCGUCCCUGGCGAAACCAUCUGCGUCAUGCCAGCCUCAGCGAGGAAUCGAACCGCCGCACAAGAACGGAAAAGAGCCCAGAGACACGUGGCCCGGUUGUGUGGGCCUGAGCGGUCUGACGUCGCCGUUGUGAGGUGCGGCUCGGCUACGCGUCG